GUCAGUCCUCCUCUGUUCCUAGAGGGCUUCCGGAAGUGCCUGGGGGGCAAGAUGCGCGCUGCCUGGUGUGCCUCAGCGGGUUUGGAAGUUAAUGGUUGGAGAGGCCUACUGAAGUAUAACGGUGCUUGUCUUUUUACCUCGACCUUGUUCCGGGUCAGCGCAUCCUGUGCAGCCGCCUCUGCUUACCCCAGGCCGCUCUGGAACUCACAUAUCCUUGGGCCUUCAGAAAGUUCUUCUCUUAAGAUAAAGAAAGUAGUGGAAACAAACCUCCUGAGCUUUUCUGGCCCUAAAUGGCUGCAGAAUCAAGAAAGCCUGCAGCCCCAUCUCCACGAGAGCAGGCUCCAGAAGAGGAUCUUGUAAUUGUCAAGGUAGAGGAGGAGGAUCAUGGUUGGGACCAGGAAUCUAUUCUGCAUGAAAAUAACCCUCCUGGCCAAGAACUGUUUCGCCUGCGCUUCAGACAGUUGUGCUACCAGGAGACACUGGGACCCCGAGAAGCUCUGAUACAACUCCGGGCACUUUGCCAUCAGUGGCUGAGGCCAGAUUUGAACACCAAGGAACAGAUCUUGGAGCUGCUGGUGCUGGAGCAGUUCUUGACUAUCCUGCCUGGGGAGCUGCAGACUCUGGUUAAGGAACAUCAGUUAGAGAAUGGAGAGGAGGUGGUAACCCUAUUGGAGGAUUUGGAAAGGCAGAUUGAUAUACUAGGACGGCCAGUCCCAGCUCGUGCUCAUGGACAAAGGGUACUUUGGGAGGAGGUAGUGCAUUCAGAAUCUGCACCAGAGCCUCCAAGUACUCCACUCCAACCAGUGGCAAUCCAAUACAAAUCUCCAGUGUCCCAAGGGCCGCAACAGAGGGCUUUAUCUACUUCUCAGAAUCCUGUCUCUUCUCAGAAAGGAAAUUCUGGAGACCAGGAGAUGACCGCCACACUUUUCACAGCAGGGUUCCAGACUUUGGAGAAGAUCGAAGACAUGGCUGUGUCCCUUAUUCGAGAGGAGUGGCUUCUUAAUCCAUUGCAGAAGGAUUUGAGUAGAGAUAAUAGACCAGAAAAUUACAGAAACAUGUUCUCCCUGGGUGGUGAGACCAGGAAUGAGAACAGGGAAUUAGCUUCAAAACAGGUAAUAUCUACUGGAAUCCAGCCACAUGGAGAAACAGCUGCCAAGUGCAACGGGGAUGUUAUCAGGGGUCUUGAGCAUGGAGAAGCCCAAGAUCUUCUGGGCAGAUUAGAGAGGCAGCGGGGAAAUACCACACAAGAAAGACGACAUAAAUGUGAUGAAUGUGGGAAAAGUUUUGCUCAGAGUUCAGGCCUUGUUCGCCACUGGAGAAUCCAUACUGGGGAGAAACCCUAUCAGUGUAAUGUGUGUGGUAAAGCCUUCAGUUACAGGUCAGCCCUUCUUUCCCAUCAGGAUAUCCACAACAAAGUAAAACGCUACCACUGUAAGGAGUGUGGUAAAGCCUUCAGUCAGAACACAGGCCUGAUUCUGCACCAGAGAAUCCACACUGGUGAGAAGCCAUAUCAGUGUAAUCAGUGUGGGAAAGCUUUUAGUCAGAGUGCAGGCCUUAUUCUGCACCAGAGAAUCCACAGUGGGGAGAGACCUUAUGAAUGUAAUGAAUGUGGGAAAGCUUUCAGUCAUAGCUCACACCUCAUUGGACAUCAGAGAAUCCACACUGGGGAGAAGCCCUAUGAGUGUGAUGAGUGUGGGAAAACCUUCAGGCGGAGCUCACAUCUUAUUGGCCACCAGAGAAGCCACACUGGGGAGAAACCCUACAAAUGCAAUGAAUGUGGCAGGGCCUUCAGUCAAAAGUCAGGCCUUAUUGAACAUCAGAGAAUCCACACUGGAGAAAGACCUUAUAAAUGUAAAGAAUGUGGGAAAGCUUUCAAUGGGAACACUGGCCUCAUUCAACAUCUGAGAAUCCACACAGGGGAAAAGCCCUAUCAAUGUAAUGAGUGUGGGAAAGCGUUUAUUCAGAGGUCGAGUCUCAUUCGACAUCAGAGAAUCCACAGUGGAGAAAAAUCUGAAUCCAUAGUAGUUUAGGAAAAGCUUGUCGUAGUUUGAAUAUUAUUUGACAUUAGAGAAACCAUGCAGGGGUGAAAGAGCUUUCAGUGUAGAAAGGCAGAAAGUCUCAUCAUUGCAACUUUAUCUAGUGUCAGAAUCUAUAGUGGUGGCAAAGUUAGAAUAGCUCCUCAGUAGUUUGGGCUAGUGCCUUGAUACAGGUUGAUUAGCUUGACUGUCCUAGCAGGUGUCUGAUGGGUCAGAGCUUCUGAUGGCCUAAUAUAGCCUUUAGACAUCUAAAAUAGCAUUAGAGCAAGUUGCUUGUCAAGGCUUUAGACAGUUAACUUUGUCUUUUGGAUAAUUAGCUGUAGGUUUCAGAGAAGCUGCUACUUCUAGUUCCUCUGCUGCUUCCCAUCUAUGAUACCUUUCUCCCCUUCAUUCCCCUCAAGGUGCCCUUGUACUUCUAAUCUGAUCUGAGAAGCUGCUUUACAGUCCAAUGUGGCUUCUGUGUGAGACUUAUAUUUGUUAGCUUUCUAAGAUCCUAGUUCUAGGGAAAUUUUUACAGACACUUAAUGUAUUUAUGCUUAAGUGUGCACUUUUUUAUUCUAAUGUUCCUUCUAGUAAUCCAUAUUCUCAAGCAAACUCAGAAUGCUAUAUUUUUAACAGCACUCCAGCAUUUUACUUCACAUAUCACCUUCACUGACUCCACUGAGUCACUGAGCAUCUGUACGUAUCCUUCACCACCCCUCUCCCAGUACGUGUGUCAGCAAAAGAAAUGGACGCAUUAGUGAUGGUUGUGGGAGUGAUGCAAAGAAUGAGGUGAGUGGAGACUCAGCCCAGCUACUCUGGAGCUUGGAUAAUUGUACCUUUUGGUGACUUCUGACUCUCCUUGCACCUCCCUGCUGUAAACUGUGGAACAAAUAGAAAUUUGCACUAUCCUAGUUUUGGCAUCACAUAGAAGAAAUAGGAGACAGAGAUGCUUGAAGAAGACAAAAAUCCUUACAAAGAAUGUACACUCAUGCCUUUUGGCCCAUUAUAGUACUGUUCUCAGGGCCUAUAAGCCUGCACAGACUCCUUGACUAGAUGAUCUGUCACUCUUCAUUACCCUGGAACCACCUCCUUUGGUCACUCAUCAUUUUCUGUAUUUCUUACCAUUAAUUUAUAUAAUAUCCACAGUGAUAAUCUAUUGAAUACCUUGCAGUUCAUUUCUUGUCUGAAUUCUGAUGCACUCCACCUGUAUUCCAUGUCUGUAAUUUCCCACCACAGACAUACACUAUUAAACUUAUCAUUACCAGGCACUGUAUUUCAUCUUUGAGGCUUUUCAAUUUACCAAAGGAUGCUUAUAAAGUAAUGAGACUGGUUUUAAAGUUAUGUGCUAAAACUUCUGCAUCUAGUCUGGAUUAUCCUUUAAAUUGGGUGGUUCUAGUUAACUCCAAAGCACCAUUAUUCCUUUAUUUAUUUAUUUAUUUUUGACAGGCAGAGUAGAUAGUGAGAGAGAGAGAGACAGAGAGAAAGGUCUUCCUUUUUGCCGUUGGUUCACCCUCCAAUGGCCGCUGCGGCCAGCGCAUCUCGCUGAUCCAAAGCCAGGAGCCAGGUGCUUCUCCUGGUCUCCCAUGCGGGUGCAGGGCCCAAGGACCAGAGAGCUGGCCUGGAAGAGGGGCAACCGGGAUAGAAUCUGGCGCCCCAACUGGGACUAGAACCCAGUGUGCCGGUGCUGCAAGGCGGAGGAUUAGCCUGUUAAGCCACGGCACCGGCCUCACCAUUAUUCCUAUUAGUGUUACAUUCCUCUAAAUUUUUGGAAUAUGGUUAGAAUUCUUGCCUAAUAGACAAUAUAAGAAAACCCUCUAUGACUUGAUCAUAUUUCAUUUUUGAUCAUUUGAUUAGCCCCUUUAUUCACCAGAGUUGGAAUUAAGUAACCAUUGCUUUCCAAAGUAAUCCUCAAACUUGAAAUUGAUUCCAUAAGCCAGUACAGAAGAAAAUUACAUAGGUUCUGAUGAACCCUUCAAGGGAAGUAAUACAAUUUGACGCUGACUAUCUUGUAAAGGAAUUUAACUUUUAAUCUUGAUAAUUCAUGAUUGAUGUGGUUAAAAAAUAAUAAACUCUUUAUGAAGUCCACCUUUUGAAUUCUUUCCCUGUACCAUCCUUUCUGUCUCCCUUUGACAUGCUUUGACUACUAUUUGAAUACUAUUGAGGGUUUCUGUAUCUAUUUUAUUGAGCCAUUGGUCAUCCUGAUUUUCUUGGUUAAUUUUUUCAAAAACAGUCCUUUUCAUUAUCUGUUAUUAACCUCUGUUCUCUUUUUUCUUUUUUUUUUUUUUUUUUGACCUGCAGAGUAUCAUUUCUAAUUUCCUAUGCUUCAGAUUUUAAGAAAUCAGAAACAAGUAAAUCUGGUUGUGUGUAGAUCUUUGCUUUCUGCUUCAGUUGUUCCUUACCCUCUGUUAAGAUACUAAUUUUGCCUGGGGCAGGUGCUGUCUUGUGUGCAGAUGUUACAUAGGAUGAGUACAUUGUUCAAGGGAAAAUGCUUGUGUAUGUAUAUACGCACACACUUCUCCCAUCUACUUUAGAGGAAGAUUUACCUUCUUUUUCAGUAACAAAACAACAUUUUAGCAGAGCAGCACAUUGCAUUGAAAUGUCUGUGGAUGUGCCAAUCAGAUUCUCUUUAGCAUCAGUACCCAGAGUAGUGUGCAUCCUGUUGCUUCACUUUCUGAUUACUAAGCAUUUGACAGAAAUUCAGAGGAGAGAAAAUAAUGUGACUAGAAAGAUUAAUGAGAAAAGACUCACUUGAAAGAAUCAAGGCUGCUUCAGCACAUAUAAAUAGCCAAGGGGCAGAAGACAAUAGAAAAAGGCUGUGUGUUUUUUCUCUUAUCUUUGGACUGUCCUUGAUCAGUCUAAAUGACAUUAUUUUGUGCUGUUAGCUGUAAAAAAUCUAAAGUACACUCCUUCAAGCAGAUUCUGUUUUUUUUUUUUUUUUUUAAGAUUUAUUUUAUUUAUUUGAAAGUCAGAGUUAAACAGAGGAGAAGCAGAGAGAGAGAGAGAGGUCUUCCAUCUGCUGGUUCACUCCCUAGAUGGCCGCAGUGGCUGGAACUGCGCUGAUCUGAAGCCAGGAACCAGGAGCUUCCUCCUGGUCUCCCACAUGGGUGCAGGGGCCCAAGGACUUGGGCCAUCUUCUGCUACUAUCCCAGGCCAUAGCAGAGAGCUGGAUUGGAAGAGGAGCAGCCAGGAUUAGAACUGGCGCCCAUAUGGGAUGCCGGCGCUUCAGGCCAGGGCUUUAACCCACUGUGCCACAGUGCUGGCCCCCAGAUUCUGUUUUUAUGCUAUUAAUCUGAAAUGAACUCUAAUACUUUUCCUACCCUCAUUUUAGGAUCUGACAUGAUAAGGUACUUUUUCCUAACUGUUGCCAUCUGAUACAGUUCUAAAAGUUUUAAGACUUUCUUCAUGGAGCAAGGUGAUAGUGCUAGAAUAUGGUGAUUUAUUCCCAUAUAGAACAGUUAAACCAUAGUUCUAGUAGCUGAUUUUUAUUGAGUACUUAUUGUGUGCCAAACUCUUUAUUAAGCAUUUCUUGUGCUUCCAAUAGAUAAUAGUAUAUAUUCCAUUUUAUAGAUGAGGAUAAUGAAUCUUUGAGAGUUGAU